GUGCUUCUGAUCAUAAGUGGAAACCUGAGUUUCCUCAACUGGUUGACCAUAGUGCCCAGCAUCGCCUGCUUUGAUGACACCAGCCUGGGGUUCCUCUUCAGCUCCAGACCAGGAGGAGUGAAGGAGCGGGUGGCACAGAUGCAGCUCAGAGAGGCAGCCAGGGAGCAGCUUCCCCUGCGAUACGGUUGCUAUAUCCGCAAAGUGGUGAACAUCUCCUUUGGCUUCCUGAUUGCUUAUCUCAGCAUCCCGGUUGUCUUAAACUUGCUCAACUCCAGACAAGUCAUGAACACCUCGUUCAACCCUCUCAGAAUAGUGAACACCUACGGAGCGUUUGGCAGCAUUACCAAGGAGCGAACAGAAGUUGUCCUUCAGGGAACAUCCAGCCUGGAUCCUAAUGACCCCACUGCUGUCUGGGAGGAGUAUGACUUCAAAUGCAAACCUGGGGACUUGAAGAGGAGGCCAUGCUUUAUCACCCCCUACCACUACCGCCUGGACUGGCUUAUGUGGUUCGCUGCCUUCCAGACCUAUGAGCAGAAUGAAUGGAUAAUCCACUUGGCUGGGAAGCUGCUGGCCCAAGAAGAAGAGACCUUGUCCUUGAUGGCAACGAACCCAUUUGCAGGCAGAGCACCCCCACG